GUUUUCACAGAACCACUUCAGAAUGUCAUAUUCUUCAUAGUCCUGAUCCCGAUUAGAAUCAGUUGAUACAAAGAUAUAGGCCUAAUUAUUAUCAAAAUGGAUUAAAUGUGAAUUUGAUCUUGUAUCAUAUCCGAGAUGCAAAUAAAAUCUUAGAUAUUUGUGUUUUUUGAACCAAGAACAAGGGAAGCACUGCUCGAUGGAAUUGAGAUGCAGUAUUAUCAUCUACCCUCAUUCAUUAGGAAUAAGAGUACAGUGGGUGUAGCAUCAUAGUUGACAUUAUAGCUGCAUCAAUAUUAAACACGACCACAUCAUGAUUUUUUUGUUUCGCUCUACAGAGUAUAAAUAAGAGGUCAGAGUUGUAACAUCUAAAUUGUAGUCUUGUCAAUACUGGGAUAUGAUGAAGUUGAACAGAAAGUGGAUCGUUUUGCUUGUACUAAUGCUUGAAAUAGCAUCAGCAGCAGCAGCAACAGGUACUAUUGAUAUUAUUGCUGAUGAUGGUUUCGAUUUGUUUGUCGAUGGUACUAAAGUAGGUUCCAGUAAAAUAUGUUGUGAAAGAGGUGACAGUAACAUAUGUUGUGAGCCACAACGUUUCUCAAUUGCUAACCCAGAGAAUGUACAAGUGAUUGCCGUAAAAGCGUGGGACACUAUCUGCGUAACAUCGGGACUCAUUCUCUCAUUUCGUUAUGGUGAUUUUCUUCUUAACACUGAUAGUAACUGGAAAUGUCUCUCUAGAUCUGUUGAAUCAUCAUGGAACCAGCCUGGUUUCAAUGACAGGUAAUGUACUCAAUUUUUUCAUCUUGUGCUUAAUUGGCAGAUAGACGGGUCUCUUUUAAAAGUUAUGUUUUUAAGAUGAAAAAAGCAAAAUUGGCUACCUGUUCCAAUAUAACAAGUGGAACAUAAUUGAUAUAAUCAAAUUAAUGGGUUCUAAGUUAUAUGCCACCUCUUUACUUCGAAUUCCGAUUAAUUCAUAAAAUUCAAAUAUUCGAAAAUAAAAAAAACGAUGAUACACUACUGUACUGUUUGGUGAUAAACGUGACUUCCAUUUUUGCUUCAAUUUUUUGGAAAUGCCAAAAACAAAUACAAUAGAGUCGAUGUAUAUUUAAAGCAUUAUAGUUAACAAUCAUGGUGAGGCUAUGUAGGAAACCGAAAAAGUCAUUUUAAGUUGUUUAAUUCUUAA